AUGCCCCCCAAGAAGAAACAACAAGUGGCCGAGUCCGAGGUGAGCCCGAGCGGACGCGUGGUGAUAUUGGAUGGCGCCUCAACAGCGUCGGGAAGUGGGACGAAGAAGCGGACGCGCAAGGAGGCGAGCGAGCCCAAGCAGCGCAAGGAGCCCAAGGAGCCCAAGGCCGUCAAGGGGCCGUCUCGAGCAAAGAAGAUGAAGGACGAGGUCGACGUCGAGGCGGCCGGUCGCAUGUUGCAGCUGUCGCAAACGCCGAGCACGAGCGUAGCGAGCGCGACGAAGACCGGGUCCAGCCAGACUGACGCGAAGCAGGAGUCGGACUCCGCACAGCAGGCCGAGGCCGACAACGCCUUCCUCGGGUUCGGGCGAGUCGACUUCUGCAGCCAGGAGAAGAUGCUGUGGACGUCGGGGUCGACGAACAACCGCGCGCUGAACAUGGUCCACGUCGGCAACAUCGCUGAGAACCUCGUGCUCGAGGGGGUCUUGGACGACGACCCCACCCGCAUGUUGAUCUUCGAGAUCUACCCGGAGCAUCUCGACGAGAACACCGUCUUGGCGAAGACCGCGGACGAUCCGGCGAGCUUUCCGCUCGUCAAGUUGAGCGAGCAGGGCAAGAGCUUCUCGCACCUCUUGCUCGCGGGAAACCAUCGGCUGCACGCACUGCUGGAUCGCCAGAAGAAGGACGCCGCGAUCCUCAAGGCGCAGAUCCGCCGGCUGAAGGAGCUCGAGAUCUCUGUCGGUCUGACGGAGGAAGGGCAGACGACGCUGCCCCAGCUCACGGAGCAUGAGCCGAUCGCGGACCUGAAGCGGGAGAUCGCGGCCACGGAAGACCGGAUCGAGCACAUGAGGUUCUGGAGGUGCAAGUUUUAUCACUCUGGGAAGCUCACGGAUCGGGCGCGUCGUCACCUCGCGCGGAACAUCACGCAGCACAUCCGCGUUCAGACCGGGUGGGAGGCGUUCAACGCGAACGUCGCGGUGCUGCGGGACGCGGUCAUGUCGGAGGCGGUCACGGAGGAGCCCGGGUCGGGCAAGUUGUGGGAGGAGCAGCUCAAGAAGCUCCCGAAUAAGCUCGACCACAACAACCAAUACGGGUCGUUGAUUCGCGGUCGGAUGUCGGCGAAGUUCUGCCUGGAGAUCGCGCUGUGGCCGUACCUUCAAAACGACGACAACCUGGACCCGAAGGAACUCAAGAAGUACUUCAAGGCGGCUUCGGAGACGAGCGGCGUGCUGCCGAACGGACAGUUCGUGCUGGAGCUGCUGUACCGAUCGACGUCGCAGCUGAGCUUCCUCGCGUCGCCGUCGAACCUGGUCGCUGGGAGCACGGCUCAAAUCGUGGCGAUGGAGUACAUGGACGCGUUCGCGGCGUUCCGGAAGGCGACAGAGGAGGUGCAGGCGACGCGGAACGGCGGCGAGGAGCAGCCGUACCACAAGAUCAAGGAGCACGAGGCCCUGCACACCGCGCGCGAGAAGUGGGUGAAGAUAUCGAACACGAGCAUGGUCGGGGUGAAGACGCCUCAGCGAUGCGUGUUCCCGAACGAGCUGUUCGAGGACAUCGACAAGGUCUUCGUUUCGACGCUGCACCCGGUCAUCCUGGCGCGGGACGCGAUGGGCUCGAUGCAGAGCUCUGCAUGGCGUGAAGCGUUGAAGAAGUAUUGGCAGGGGGUGAAACAGGCUGGGAAGAGGCACUGGGACCACGCGUCGGACCGUGCGACGAUGGAGGCGGAAGCCGAAAGCGAGCAGGAGACGACGAAGAAGCAGAAGAAGAGCAAGGCCAAGCAGACGGACGUGGGGACGGGGCCGGAGGAGGCGACGCGGGCGACGCUCGCGCUAGCGGCGUUGAAGGGGGUGCGGGGGAAGAUCGACAUACUUCACUACAUGCAGACGGCCGGUGCGGAGCUGGCGUUGCCUUUGCCGACGAAGACGUUCAUGACGGACCUGUUCAAGUUCGCGGGGAAGAUCGAGCAGAGCACGAGUAUGCUGGCCCGCACCAUCAAUCCCGCCCUCGACUACCUCAUGUUCAGGACGGGCGAGAACAGCCACGACCACUUUGGCGAAAUCCGUCACUGGGUCACCACCUGCGAGGACCACGAGCGGUGCGAGUGUGUGUGGCAACUCUUCCUGGUCUGGUUCCUCGACCACGGCGAGGAGCUGUGCGCGCUCGAGGUCAUGUGCAAGGCCGGCGACGUCGAGCUCCUCCGCUACAUGUCUCGGUCAUCCCUCAAGGGGAUGAGCGAAGUCGGCUUGUCUCUCCUCGCUGAUCAAGGCAUCAACGACUCGCACGCGCCGCUUCUCGCCGUGGUGGACCGCAAUUCCACCUUCCGCCAGACCCUCCGCAAUCUGUACGCCACCACCAACACCGCCAUCCAUGUCGACGCGUCGAGCGGGUCCGGAAAGGGAAAGAAGAAGGAGGUCGCCAGACCGUCCCUCGACAAUGUCGACGAGCCCGUCAGACGGAUCGUCGCCGACCUCAGCAUCAGCGAGCUACCCUCUCGCCUCAUUAAACUCCUUCCUCAGCUCCGCACGACGCCCAAGUGGCGGCACAACUGGGCUCGCCCCUCCCAGAACGACAAGCAGACGACGCCGAUGGGUAUCGCGUUGCAGAUGGCGCUGUCCUGGGAGGCCAUCAAGUCCGUCAUCGUCCUGCCGUUCUACUCCCCCCUGGGGAAGGAAGUCUUCUCCAGCUUCGCCCGGUUCUGGGCGACGCAUUCCACCCCUCGCCACCCCCCCAACAACUUCCUUGUGCCGGGGAAGAUCCUGCAGACCUGGUCGUGGUUCGCGUUCGAGUGGGAGGAAGGCCUCUCGGUAGAGGAGCGGACCACGCCCGAGCUUCAGGACCUCGUCAGCAUAUUCGGCCAAUCGGUGGAGAGCUACAAGGUCAACCCGCUGCUGGGGUACUUCCGUGCGACCCUCGUGAGGCAGCACAACCUCGCCGAGGGCUUCAAGGCCAUUCGCGAGCUGACCAAGUGCAUCGCCUUCCACAAGGACGUCUUUUUGCAAACGGACGAGAAGAACAGCUUCGUCAUGAAGCCAUCCUAUCUGGGCGACGUGGAAGAGCUGACGGUCGCUCCGGUGAUUGACUGGCUGCAAAAUGCAGAGCGUGCGUCAGAAGGACUACACGUAUUUCUGGUGCCGCCGAAGGAAAGGCCGCACGAGUACGUCGCUCCGAAAAUCUUGGCGUACCCAAAGGCGGCAGACAUGUUCGCGUUCUCGAAUACCACGGACUACUCGACGAGGUUCAACCCCGAAUUCCGCAACGACCACACGCGUCGAGAGACCAAGGUCAAGGAAUACGUCGAGCGUAAGCUCCGAGACUUUGACGUCGAGGCGGCGCGCAAGGCCCUCGACAGCGAGAAGACCGCUCUCAUCCUUGCCGACAUUGCCGGUGGGCCUUCGGCUGACGUGGAGCGAGAGGAUGAAGUGCCGCAGUUCGCGAGGCAGGACGAGGACGUGCAUAUGGAAGAUGGUUCGGACGACGCGACAAAGGACAAGGCCGGUGGAGCCGAUGAUGGACGCGCCGCUGCAGAGGCCCGGUUCCGCGACGAAGCGAAGGCCAAGUUCAAGUACCCGCAGGACUUGAUUGAGGACGCGUCCGCGGACGCCGAAAGCUUGUCGUUCGCGACCUUCGCUCGUGCCAGGACUGAGGUGAAGAAGAAGGACAAGGCGGCGCACGAGGAGAAGAUGCGGAAGCAGCAGUCGCCGAGUCGCCGAGUGCUUCCGUACUUUGGCGGUGCUCCGGAGUUCGACGUUCACCUCAACGAUCUGCGGGCCGUUCUUUCGGUGGGUGACCAGGACGACGAAGAUGUGGAGAAGGACGCGGACGAAGGGGAGUCCCUGGCCGCCGCCAUUGCCCUGGUCGACAAGGACCCGUCGUCGGCAGAGGACUCGUC